AGCCUGCUCACCCACAUCUGGAAGCCACAUGUCAGCAGCAGCUGUAUAAAACGGGCAGCCCAGCAGACCUAGUGUGACGUUUUCUGCCAGAAGCCCAGGCAGCAUGGACCUCGCUCUUCUGUGGGUGCUUCUGCCACUGGUCACUGUGGCCUGGGGCCAGUAUGGUGACUACGAGUACCCGUACCAGCAGUACCAUGAGUAUAGCGACGAUGGGUGGGUGAAUCUGAACCGGCAGGGCUUCAGCUACCAGUGCCCCCAGGGGCAGGUGGUGGUGGCCGUGAGGAGCAUCUUCAACAAGAAGGAAGGUUCUGACAGACAAUGGAACUACGCCUGCAUGCCCACGCCCCAGAGCCUCGGGGAGCCUACGGAGUGCUGGUGGGAGGAGAUCAACAGGGCUGGAAUGGAAUGGUACCAGACAUGCUCCAACAACGGACUGGUGGCAGGGUUCCAGAGCCGCUACUUUGAGUCAGUGCUGGAUCGGGAGUGGCAAUUUUAUUGCUGUCGCUACAGCAAGAGAUGCCCAUAUUCCUGCUGGCUGACAACAGAAUAUCCAGGCCACUAUGGUGAGGAAAUGGACAUGAUUUCCUACAAUUAUGAUUACUAUAUGCGAGGAGCAGCAACCACUUUCUCUGCAGUGGAAAGGGAUCGCCAGUGGAAGUUCAUAAUGUGCCGGAUGACUGACUAUGACUGCGAAUUUGCAAACGUGUAGAUUUUCCACGUGCCGAAUCUGGGUGAAGGGCUGGGGGCCAGGAGACCUGAGGAUGUCCACGCGUGUGAUCGUCAGCUGGAACUCCUAACCAGUUUCUGCAGCUCUCUUUCCUGCUCCCUGAGCUGCUUGGUAGCUGCAAUGCCAGCUUUCUGACUAGUAUCCCACUUAAAAUAAAAUCACAGUUAAACCGUGUUUCUCCCUUUCCACAUGUUCCAUAGCAACCGUGUUCUAUGACUGACGAUGGCUUUCUUGCACACCUCAUAUACAGCAUGCAUGCUCACAGCCUGAAAAAAAACCUGGCUCCUGGAGCACCUGUCAUGGUCUUGCUACUGCUUUUACUACCAAAUGAGCUGCAAGCAGGCCUAGUGCUGAGCAGCAUCUGUGAAGAGCUUCAGAAUAGUGGAGGGAAGGGGCAGAAAUUGAGGAAGAUGGCAAUGAAGGUUCUCUGCAGCUAUGUCUGUUUAAGUGAAACCCAGGGUCCUCACCAAGAGCACACCUUUCAUCUUGAGGGGACAUGCUUCCACCCUCCCCCUCCACAUGAGCCAUGCUUGCCUAGAAGCUCAAGUGCAUAGUUCUGUGCUCCAGGACUGAGGAUACUGGGAGGUGAAAUGGGGAGAUGGAAAUGGGGGCAGAGCUGAAAGACUAAGGAUUGGAAGAAUUUCUUGAACUGGAAGAAGAUUGUAGGCAUAUGCAGUAAUGAAAAUGAGUGCAGAAACCAGAGGAACCUAUGAGAAUCAGUCUCAAGUAAGACAAAAAUAAGAAAGAAAAGAGCGGUCAGAGAAUGGGACUCAGAGUAGGAACUUGGGGGGAAGGGGAGAGUGGCCAGGUUGCUCUGGGAAAUGGAAAAAGGGAUUUGAGUCACUGGCACCUGGAGGCAUGGCCAGGACUCCUGGGAAGACUGGCAUGUGCCCUGUAGCCAUGGGAGUUACUGGCCAAUGGGCCUGGAUUGUGAUGGGAAAGGCUGCCCUGGGGGUCCACUGCCCUUCUAUGUGUAGUUUAGGGGUGUCUUUGCAGAGGUGGCACUGUCUUUCCUCCUCCUGUGAUGUCUCUGUCCCCAGCCCUUUGUAUUCUCUUCAUCAUAAAAGGAAUAAAAAUAGUAACAUUCAC